AUGGAUGCCAUUCAGCCUAUCCCUCUGCUAGAGCUCCCACAGGAAAUCGUGGAAUUAAUCAUUGAAUACGUCGCCAUUUUGAAGCCUGUGGCUGAAGCGCGAACUUCUCUUCAAGCUUGCUCACUUGUAUCAAGAUCUUUCUCCUAUUGGGCGCGACAACAACUUUGGCGCAUUAUUGUCUUUCCAUUGCAUUCCGGUACUAUCAAGGCGGCCCAUGUAUUUAUCAACAAGCGCGCCAACAAGUUUAUCCGCACUCUACAGAAAAUACAGGACAAGGGCUUUAUUUCCAAUAUACAUUCUUUACAUUUGGUGUUCGAGGAUCCACCACAGACUCCGUAUACGCCAAAGAUCCUUCAGCAUCGGUGCCUCAAUCCAGAAACAUCACCUUUGCAAAUGGCACUUCUCCAGUUGUUGGCAAGUGCCACCCUCCGGACCUUCACUCUAUCUAACGUCACCGGACUAUCUGCCGAGAUUGUCAUCGCUGCAUUCUUUUCCAAAAAUCUCCAAGAAAUUACGAUACACCGCAGCGUGAUGAGGAUCGAAAGACGAUUUGGUGGAUCACCAUUUAUCCCCAAAAUAACUGGAGAGCUAGCGAAUUUAACAAGGUUGGAAAUCACUGGCGGAUACUACUUUGAAAUUCUUUAUAUGCUCGUCAAACGGGCAGAAAAACUUCGCAUCCAACCAAGUCCUUUAUUCCCAAAUCUGCAAACUCUCGUGUUAUCGGUCCCCGGACACGAAGACGCCAUGAUCAUGCUAUGCGAGAAUAUCUUGAAUUUUGCCUCAAAUCUGCAAAGCGUUGAAUUUGAAAUUCAUCACGCUUAUUUUCGGGGUCAAUUUGUUUCAUAUGAUUACCUCGAGUCCUUUUCCCAUAUGGAUUCACUUUUCACCUUUCGACUUAGAACAAUUGCCCCUAGUACUGUCAAAUGGGUAGAAUCUAGCCAACGAGCUCUCCUCAACUUUUUUACAGUCCGAAAUCUUGCUAAAUAUGUGAGGACCAUCGAACUCCAUUAUCAAUUCAGCGAAUGGCGAACUCAUACCGAAGGCGACUCGCUGGGAACUUUUGACCAAGGCGAAUAUUGGGAGGCGGUUGAUCGUCUACUUACUAGCGAGGUGUUCAUACAUCUCGAGCUGGUCAAGAUUUCGAUUAGUAUUCGGUACUAUCCAAGUAUUCAUAACAAAACUUACCCAAUCCCACCAGAGGAACUGGAUGACUUCGCCGAAUUCACGCUCCCGAGAAUUAACAAGGCAUCCCAUAUUCGGCUGGAGCUAAACGGAGAGUUCAUUUUCUCUCGCGAGCAGGCAUUUUGA